ACUAUUAAGUAAUUGAACAAAAUAGUUAUUUUCAGUUCUUGCCGUUUGCGCGAACGUUGCGGCCCGCAACUGUAUCACUCGCUAUUCCGUUAUUCAUGUCCAAACUUGUUUUCGUGUUAUAUUACUGUAACAAGCAUAUCGAUAUCGUAACGUAAACAUUUUCGCGGUCUCUUCGGCAUACGUAAUAAAUUGGAAUUUUAAUAAAAACAACUACCGCUCGUCGCACGACGUUCAGUUUGCCUCCUUUUCGGCGUGGUGUGUUAUUUUUUACGACGCACUUAGAGGUGUUAUUAUUUGGACUUCGGGAAUAAAUAUGUACUGUUAUUGGUCUCACGACCUUUGUCGUUCCGAUUGCGGUCUAUCUUAAAAAUAGAAAAAUUCAUGUGCUAACAUAAAUAUUUUAUAUAAUAUAGUUAUAUUUUCCUGUGAUACGAGUAUUCUUCAAUACGCGUUCAAAUACUUGAAUUACAUUGGAUCGUAAUAUCAGGAAUAAUAUUUAAAAAUGGCUCCAAAUAUGACCAAGCGCCCAGUUGGCACUCCUAGUGUUUUAUUCAAUGAAGAUGAUUCGGAACCAUCUGUUGUUGAUGAAGGAAAUCAGAUAGCUGAAGGAGAAACUGUUGAGAAUAACAAAUACAAACCAUACAGAUAUCAAAGACAAAUUGUCUGGCGAAAUGUUGCUUUAUUUGUUUACCUACAUGUAGCUGCACUGUAUGGUGCAUACCUAAUGUUUGCUUCUGCAAAAAUAGCAACAUCAAUUUGGGCAAUCUUACUGUAUCAAAUGUCUGGAUUGGGUAUUACUGCUGGAGCGCAUAGGUUAUGGGCACAUCGAUCAUAUAAAGCAAAACUUCCAUUACGUAUUAUUUUAAUGAUCUUCAAUACAAUUGCCUUUGAGAACCAUAUUUAUGAAUGGGCCCGAGAUCAUCGUAUGCACCACAAGUAUAGUGAAACAAACGCUGAUCCUCAUAAUGCCAAACGUGGAUUUUUCUUUUCUCAUGUUGGAUGGUUGUUGUGUCGUAAACACCCUGAAAUAAAAGAAAAAGGACGUGGUAUUGAUAUGAGUGAUUUAGAACGAGAUCCAGUUGUAGCAUUCCAGAUGACGUAUUAUUUGUUGUUGAUUCUAAACUUAAUUUUUGUUUGCAGAUUUAUCAAUCCUUCUGAAAAUAUUGGUGUAGCAUUGGGUGCUCUCGGUGAAGGAUGGCACAACUAUCAUCAUGUAUUUCCAUGGGACUACAAAGCAGCAGAAUUGGGAAAUUAUCGUGCUAAUUUAACUACUGGGUUUAUAGAUUUCUUUUCUAAAAUAGGGUGGGCUUAUGACUUGAAAACAGUAUCUAUGGACAUGAUACGCAAACGUGUUGAUCGAACUGGUGAUGGAACUCAUAGUAGCAUUUGGGGAUGGGAAGACAAGGAAUUGUCACCAGAAGACCGUGAAGAAGCCGUUAUCAUCAACCGAUCCCAUGUAGGGUAAAACAUAGUUUUUAGAAAAUGUUUAUAUGAAGAAAAAAAACCAAUUACAGUUUGUUUUUCUUAAUAAAAAAAGAAAGAAAAUAAUAGAAUGCUGAAGUGUUAAUGAAAAGGGGGGAAACAUAAUUGACAGAUCCAUACACAUAAACUUUUAACAAUGUAAAUAAAGAUAUGUUUUAAAAAAAAAAAGUUUAAACAAAAA